AUGUCCACCCAAGAACAACCACACCACAAUGAUCAUGAGACACUAAAUAAUGAUCAUCAAAAUUCCUCUAAAAGUAGCCAAACGGACCUACUGAAUGAACCAACAGAACACGAAAAGAAAAACAAUCCGGACAACAAUCCCAUUACCGAUCAAACCGUCAUUCAAAAGAAAAUCAAAAAACUAACAGAAAUUCAUCAUGACUGGUAUGAUGGCAAUGAUUGCAAAUGUUGUUUCCGAUCAUCCUGCGGAAAUGAAAUCAUUACUUCUGCCAAUUUACAUGAAAGUGAUGAAACCAUGAAAAAAGUUUAUAACACAAAUAGAGGAGCAUAUUGGGAUUGGUUAGGAAUGGAUGAUAUGGGAAAGAAAUGUUUCUAUUAUAGAAACGAUCCAUUCAAUAGAGAAGAAUACUCCAAUAUUGGAUUGUUUUUUGAUGCUUUGGAAAAUAAUUUUCAAAUCAUACGAGAUGAAUUGGAUAAUUUAUUGAAAGAAGGAGAACAAGAUUUCCAGGCAUGGCCAGAGACUAUAUGUAAAACAAAAGGAAAAUGGAAGGUUUAUCCAUUGGGCUUUGCAUUUGGACGAGAUUUAACCAACGAACCUUCAAAAUGCCCAAAAUCAGUUCAAUUACUCUCCAAAUUAAACAAGGAGUACAAUGUACAUAUCACCACUGCUGGAUUUAGCUGCUUAUCCUCGUCUUGUUACAUUGCUCCUCACAAAGGUUAUUGUGGAUAUAGUAAUCAUUGUUUGAGAGUGCAUAUGGGAUUGAGAGUGCCAACCAGUAAUCAUCAUGGAUGUGCCAUUCGUGUAGGAAAUAUUAGACAUUGCUGGAAAGAGGGCGUUGUGUUUGCAUUUGAUGACUACAUUACACAUGAGGCCUAUAACUUUACAAAUGAGGAUCGUUAUAUUCUAUUGUUGGAUAUUCGUUUUAGAGAAUGUGAAAAGUUCAAGUUCUACCAGAAACAUUCACCACAAACAAGCCAUCCCAAUGAAAACGAAGAUGACAACUGUGCCACAGCCAAAAAUCAAACGUGUGUUGGCUCCUUGAUCCACAACGAAAGUACUAAGUGGACUGGAAUAGGUUCAAACACCCCGACAACCACAACCUCAACUGCAACCAGCACGGAGCAAAAAGAAGAACGAACAUUUGUCACCCUCAAAGCAUUCAUGACCAAUGACAUUGAAUGUGUCAAUGCCAACUACACCAACGAGUUGAAAGACAUGUUAAAAAACGUGGUGGAUAAACAAAAUUGA